GUUAAUCCUUCUUCUGUAUUAGCAUAUUAUGGUGAAACUGUUGUCCUUAAUUGUACCAGUAGAGGUGGACCUAACAAUCAGUAUACAUGGGAUAUAGAAAGUGGUGCUAUUGUUAUUGGCCGAUCUGAUCAACUUACAUUGGAAUUGAAUAAUCUUCGUCUUUUUAGUUACUAUCAAUGUCGAGUCAGCAAUGAUGCUGGUUCUGAUCGUGUGUCCAAUAUAGAAGUUAGAGGUUUAUUGUCAGUCAGUAUUGAACCAUCUAACACAUCAGUUAUUUCAUUUGGUGAAUCUUUAACAUUAUCUUGUGUUGUUAAUCACAAUAUCAGUGAUACUAGCCUUCUUAGAUAUGAGUGGCCAUUGAGUAAUACAGCUAGGCCUGUUGGUAAUAAUCCAUUUAUCACAUUGAACUACAGUGACUAUUCAUUGGUUAAUCAAGGUGGAUUGUAUAGGUGUUCGGCAUAUUAUUAUGGUUAUCAAUUAUAUGCCCAUUAUUUCACUGAUGUUCGGGGAUAUUCAAAUCGAGUCUCUGUUUUAUUUUCUCCAUCCUUUUCUGAGCAACCAGAAUUUAUGAUAUCAAAAGUUAAUGAUUCAAUAGAAUUAUCUUGUACUGCAUUUGGUUAUCCAGUUCCUGUAAUUGAAUGGAAACGAGUAAAUUUAUUAAAUACAAGUGACUAUAUUAAUAACAUUAUUGAACUACCCGAGAAUGCUUAUAAUGAAACUGUUGCUGGUACCAAUAACAUCACAUCAACUCUUAUCAUUGAUGACAUACAAUAUGAGGACUUUGGCUAUUACUUGUGUGUAGCUACAAUGUCUUCAUCAGAAUUAUCUGAAGAUGUACAAGCCUUGUCUUCCAUAUCUACAGUUACAGUGUCUCCUGAAGGAAGUGUUAAUAUAUCUUCCAAUGGAACAGAUACUAAGAUAGGAGAUACAGUUAGAUUAGUCUGCAGUAGUAGAGGUGGCCCUAAUAAUCAGUAUAGUUGGACUCAUUAUUCCUCAAAUGAAGUUAUUGGAGAUAAACCAGAAUUAAUAUUAGCAAUAGAUUCAGUUGAUCAGUUUGGAGAAUACAAGUGUUCAGUAUCAAAUGAAGCUGGCACUGAUAACAGUACUUCAAUUGUUAAUGGUAUCUUAUCAGUUAAUCUAAUACCAGCCAGUGAUGUUGUGUUCCUUGAAUAUGGAGACAGCUACAAUCUCACUUGUGCUAGCUUGUCAGUGAGUAGUUUAAGUGUACAAAUCUCUUGGUACAAGGAUGAUGAGUUAAUUAAUAACACUGAGACACAAGUUCUUACUCUUAAUUAUACAAGUCCUGAAUCAGUUAGUAAUGGCGGGAGUUACAAAUGUAUAGCACAGGGAACUAUAGGGUCUAGUAUUGGUGAAUCAAAUAGUGUUCUUAUUAUAUUCGCUCCUCACAUUAUACAAACACCAUCAAAUAUACAAACUCGUGUAGCUCGUAAAAUACAGUUCAUAUGUAAUGCAACCGGUUAUCCAUUACCAUCAAUAGAGUGGAGAAGAAUCAGUGUAGAGAAUGAUUUAACAACAUUGCAAGAUAUAGACAAUGUAACAGUAGACCUUCCUUAUAAUAUCACCAAUGACUCAUCUAUUAAUAUGAAUGAAGUAUCAUCAGUACUAACACUCCAAUCAGUAGAUUAUGAUGACUUUGGAUACUAUGUUUGUAUUGCUACUCUUACCUCAGAUGAUGUUUAUGUUUUACUUAAUAAUUCUAAUGUGACACUAAUGGACUAUCAUGCUAUAUCAUCUACUGCGACACUGACAGUAUCUCCUCUGGGAAGUGUACAAGUUAAUCCUUCUUCUGUAUUAGCAUAUUAUGGUGAAACUGUUGUCCUUAAUUGUACCAGUAGAGGUGGACCUAACAAUCAGUAUACAUGGGAUAUAGAAAGUGGUGCUAUUGUUAUUGGCCGAUCUGAUCAACUUACAUUGGAAUUGAAUAAUCUUCGUCUUUUUAGUUACUAUCAAUGUCGAGUCAGCAAUGAUGCUGGUUCUGAUCGUGUGUCCCAUAUAGAAAUGAUGUUUAUGUUUUAUUUAAUAAUUCUAAUGUGA